CACGGUCAAAUAUAACCAGAAGGUGGCAGCAAACAUCUGGACGUAACGUUAAUGGCCGGCGCUUCUGGAGAUAUGAGCCAAACUUCACAUGAAGCUGCUGCAGAAAGUGGCUUUAAUAAUGUUAUUGAUCGCGUUUGGAAUGCGCGUAAUGUAGCAAGACGGGAACUGGCAUAGCAGAGGGAUGAAGACAACAUGCUGACAGCCACAAGAAACACAUUUCGGCGGCGAAGAAGAGCAGGUCCGAUGACAGAAACACCUGCACCUGCAAAUAGGACAAGUGGAGUUUGGAGAGUAAAGCUGUUCCUGUUGCCAAAUGCUCAUCAAGUUGUCCUUCCACCUCGUAAAGAAUGCAGUAAACUCACCAGAAUAGGCUUAGGGAUCCCAAGUCAUGAUUUGCCAGGGACAGUCUCACAUAGAAGUUACGUCCCACUCUCUUGGACUCUUCCAGAGUUUAAUAAUUACAUCUGCCAAAGCUUUCCCACCGUAAGCCUAAAUGUAAUUGGAUUUCAUCUCGCAAGAGCUGAUAAGUCCAGGGUUCUGACUAAAAUUCAGGCAAAUACUCUGAAUGAGCUGAAGACAGCAGCUGGCAGAAGCAGGGUUUAUAUUAUUCCCCAGACAAAUAUUAUACUGCCAUUAGAGUUUGUUUUGUCCAUCAAGACCUCAGGACCUGAGAGGACUCAUACCCUACCAGAAACAUCUCCACCAGCUGGACCUGAGACAGUUUCACAGUCUCUACCUGCUUCUCCAUCAGCCACACCGCUGAUGGCCACACCCACUGCUUCAUUGACAGCCAUCACACCUGCAGCCUCACCCACUGCCAUCACACCUGUAGCCUCACAUACUGCCAUCACACCUGCAGCCUCACACACUGCCAUCACACCUGCAGCCUCACACACUGACUUUAGAGCUGCAGCCUCACCCACUGCUGUCACACCUGCAGCCUCAUACACUUCCCCCCCAGCCAUUCAUGUAAGUCCAUCCCAGUCCCUCGCACCAUCAGCCGCCAGACCGCCGGCCUCAACCGCUGUCCCACAGGUCACACACCCUGCUCCUACAGCACCUAUGGACAUGUCAUUGGUCACAUCUAAUAGUAAUUCUCAUGUAAGUUACCAGUCCCCUCCCCUUAACACCAUGUCCCUCUCUUCAACUAUGGACACUGAUGGAAGCUCACCAAGGACAGACUUGAACCCAUCACUCGAGGCAAGUUUGGAUCCUGCACAGUGGCUGAAUGCUGGGACCCCAGAGGUCUUCUACAGAAGAUCACGUGUGGAACCACUAAACAGGAGUCCUGUCAGUGACUUUGUCAUUGAUCAUUCUGAGGAUGAGGAUGAGGAUGGGGACGAGGACGACAUUAUCGCAGUUACUUUUGAAACCGACAGUCCUCCUUCGGAAGAAAUUGAUCUUGCUGUCAUUUUGAGCACUUUUCAAGAGCAUCACCUUUCUGAGGGCCUGGUAUCCACCAUUUGUAUCAGGAGGAAAAAGCUUCUGGAGAGCACUAUUAAAGCAAUCUCCAGAGCCUCUUUCUGUUGGACCCAUUCACCACUCAUUGAGUUUGUAGGAGAAGAUGCAGAUGAUAUGGGGGGACCACAGCGAGAGUUUUUCAGACUCUUGAUGAUAGAGGUACAGACCUCUCUUGGCAUUUUCGAGGGAAAGGCUGGCCAGGUCUUUCUUAGUUAUGAUCAAGCAGCAUUAGACCAGCGUAAAUAUUUUAAAGGCGGCAACCUUAUCGCUUGGUCGAUUGCACAUGGAGGUCCGUGUAUCAAAGCCUUGGAUCCCAGCCUCUUCCAGCUGAUGUGUGGCCAGGAGCCGCAACUGGAGCAGUUUGACUGGCAGGUGCUGCCUGACCCAGAUGUGCAAAGCAAAGUCAAAACGAUCCUACAGUGCAAGACUGCUGGAGACCUGACUGCACUCCAGCAAGACUUGGGGGACUGGAUUGCAGAGUACGGAGUCCCAGGCAUAUUUAAUGCCACAGUUGAAGACAUACCAAAAAUCUAUGCGUAUGUGGUGAAGCACUACAUUUUUCUCAGGACGGCCAAAAUGAUAUGCCAGUUCACAGAGGGAAUGAAUGCUUUUGGAAAGCUGUGGGACCUGGUCACGGAGAACUGGAUUGCCUUUCUGCCUCUGUUCACCAACAUGCAGGAACCUCUGUCGAAGGCAGCCUUCAAGGCCAUCUUCAGUUACAAUUACAGCAGUAGAGGAACCAACCAUCGCGACACAGAAGAGGACACUAUCUACAGCUGGGAGAUGGUUCUUAACAUGAUUGAAGACAAAGUGACUGAACUAAGAUUCGAAGACCUUCUGAUUUUCAUCACCGGAGCAGAUGAAGUUCCUGCCCUGGGCUUUCCCAGGAAGCCCAGCAUCGACUUCUACGAACAGGAAGCGGGCCAGCGCCGUUUGCCCUACGCCUCAACCUGCAUGAUGUGCUUGUACCUUCCAAGAGGCGUCACACAGGAGGACGAACUGCAUGGGAUGCUUUUCCAGGCCACAAGAGAGUCUUUGGGAUUUGGAAAGGUGUAGACCCUGUCAGGCAGUUUUACAGUAACAGUACCGUGAGAAGAUUUGAUUAGCAGAUGCUCCCAGUCAGUUUGCACUAUCUGACAAGAAUAAACUGUGUUUACUAUGUUGUUUUUUCCCCUGGUAACGUCUGAAGGUUUGUGUUUGUUUAUACUUGUAUUGCUGUUUGCACAUUAAGUGUAUUAUGUUCUUUGAAGAAUGUUUUGAAUCUCUCUAGCACACACCAGAUACCUCUCCUUUAAGUCUGUUGUUCCAUCCAUUGCAUUUUGAAGAUCCCGCAGCUGUUCAGAGUUGAGGUUAUUGAGUGGUUGUGACACAAUCCUUGCUCGUUCAAGGUCUUCAGUGUUUGCUUGUAACUGGGUGAGCUGUAUGCCGUGUCUCGCCAAGCCAGCUUCCAGAUUUUCUUGGCUGUAAGGGUCAUCUCCAAAGAUGUUGUUCAGAGCUGUUGACUCCUGCUCACUGUUGGUUAACAUGCCCUCCAUCCAAAUUUGUGUUGGUGUACGGUUGUUAGCCGAUCUGACUCUAUGGUUGUUCCAAGCGUGUCUAAAUAAAUCUAAUCGUUUUUGGAUUUCUGGCUUAUA